AUGCAUGCCCCAUCCAUCGUUCAACUGGUCGUUUCUGGCCUGAUUGCCUCAUCAGCUGUUCACAGCUACCAUGUUGGCGGUGCCCGCGACCUGACCCGCCGUCAUGUGGGAUCUCUCCUCGCCUUUGCUGUUCCAGCACUAGCUGCGCCGGCGACUGUCCAAGACAGAAGCCCCGAGCCUCACCACAAGGGCAAGAAGACUAAGGCCACCAACAAGAGGGACCCUGAGCCUCACCACAAGGGCAAGAAGACCAAGGCCGCCAACCAGGCCCGUGAGCCUGAGCCUGUUCCCGAGCCCGAGCCUCACCACAAGGGCAAGAAGACCAAGGCCGCAAACCAGGCCCGUGAGCCUGAGCCUGUCCCCGAGCCCGAGCCUCACCACAAGGGCAAGAAGACCAAGGCCGCAAACCAGGCCCGUGAGCCUGAGCCUGUUCCCGAGCCCGAGCCUCACCACAAGGGCAAGAAGACCAAGGCCGCAAACCAGGCCCGUGAGCCUGAGCCUGUCCCCGAGCCCGAGCCUCACCACAAGGGCAAGAAGACCAAGGCCGCAAACCAGGCCCGUGAGCCUGAGCCUGUCCCCGAGCCCGAGCCUCACCACAAGGGCAAGAAGACCAAGGCCGCAAACCAGGCCCGUGAGCCUGAGCCUGUCCCCGAGCCCGAGCCUCACCACAAGGGCAAGAAGACCAAGGCCGCAAACCAGGCCCGUGAGCCUGAGCCUGUCCCCGAGCCCGAGCCUCACCACAAGGGCAAGAAGACCAAGGCCGCCAACCAGGCCCGUGAGCCCGAGCCUAUCCCUGAGCCCCACCACAAGGGCAAGAAGGCUGGCAACAAGAACCAGGCCCGUGGGCCCAUCCCUGAGCCUCACCACAAGGGCAAGAAGACCAAGGCCACCAACUAA